AUGGCAUUUUCGAUCCAUUCUCCGGGCUAUGAUACCGGGGAGGAAAUCAAAUGGAAAGAGCUUGUACGCCUAGUGCAUUUGCAACUCCACAAUGAUGUCGAUAUGCAUUUCCGGUGGGAAAUCAAUUUGGGACAAGACUGGCGGGGGUUCAUGUUCAGAUCAGGAAUCGAGGGCCGUUGGGACUCGCAUGUUUCCAUGAUCCAGGGCGUUGAUCAGGAAUCAGGAAGUUUCCGUCUGAUCGUCGCGUAG